AUGGAAUUUGAAAUAAACAAACAAAUUUCUCAGUGCUUUUCUGAUACAGAUGCUAGUUGUCCGAAGUGUAUGGAGUAUUUUUCUGUCUUAUUUUGCACAGAUAAUGAUAUGAAAGAUUCUUCCAUGGAUCGGUAUAUUUUGGACAAUAAAUGCAUCAGUGGCCUUCAAGUACAGAUCAAUGAAGAAAUGCAUGCCAGUUUGGUGUACAUGCAUAUGGCUGCCCACUUCGGCAGUAACUCUGUUGGAAGGAAGGGCUUCAGCAAGUUCUUUAAACACAGCUCAGAUGAGGAACGGGAGCAUGCGCAGAAACUGAUUGAUUAUAUUAAUAAACGUAGUGGUUGGGUGACUGCUUUUGACAUCAAGAUGCCAGGAAAGACGAUCUGGAAGAAUGGCAUGGAAGCACUCGAGGACGCACUUAAUCUGGAGAAUCAAGUGAAUAACAAGCUACACCACAUUCACCAGAUGGCUGAAAAGAUCUGUGUUGAUCCUCAUUUGAUGAACUUUAUUGAAGGAGAGUUCCUCACCGAACAAGUGGAGUCCAUAAACGAACUAAAGACCUUCAUCAGUCAACUUGGCGCUAUGAAUGAUGGGAUGGGAGAAUACCUGUUUGAUCAAGAGUUGCUCGAAAAGAGUGACUAAAUUAAGCACCAUAAAACAGUCAUUUUUCAACAUAAAGGUUUUUUGUAUCAGGCUAGCACAACUUAUAUACCCUUUUUCAACUUCAGAUAUCACCUAGAACAUAAAAGUAUUUUUGUCAAUUUUAUUAGUGAAUUUUUUGUUGCAUUUGUACAGUAGGUUUCGAUUAAAAUAUUAAUGAGGUUU